GAGGAAAGCGCUUCCUGAGUUCGGGGGUCGAGGAAAGAUGGCGACCACCGAAGGGGUUUGGUGCCUGUGCGAGUUGUUGAGAUUUUUUUAUUCAUUAUUCCUCCCUGGGCUGGCAGUCUGUGGAACUUUAUGCGUAUGUCUGUUUAUUAUCCUCUGGGGAAUCAGACUGCUGCUACAGAGAAAGAAAGCAUUACUAUCAACUGGCAAAAAUGGGAAAAAGCAGAUGGUAGUUGCAUUUUUUCAUCCUUACUGCAAUGCUGGUGGAGGAGGAGAAAGAGUUUUGUGGUGUGCCUUAAGGGCCCUGCAGAAAAAGCAUCCUGAAGCAGUUUAUGUUGUUUAUACUGGUGAUGUUAACGUCAGUGGUCAACAGAUACUAGAAGGUGCUUUCCGAAGAUUUAACAUCAGACUCACUCACCCAGUGAAGUUUAUUUUCUUAAGGAAACGCUAUCUUGUGGAAGAUUCACUCUAUCCUCACUUCACACUGCUGGGCCAAAGUCUAGGGUCCAUUCUUCUUGGCUGGGAAGCUCUAAUGCAGUGUGUUCCUGACGUCUACAUUGAUUCGAUGGGAUACACGUUCACACUUCCUCUGUUUAAGUAUUUAGGCGGUUGUCGCAUUGGAAGCUAUGUUCAUUAUCCCACGAUCAGCACUGACAUGCUCUCCGUAGUGAAGAAACAAAAUGUUGGAUUUAAUAAUGCAGCUUUCAUUACCAGGAAUCCUUUUCUUAGCAAAGUAAAGCUCAUCUAUUAUUAUUUAUUUGCUUUUAUUUAUGGACUUGUUGGUUCUUGCAGUGAUGUUGUGAUGGUCAAUUCUUCUUGGACACUAAACCACAUUCUCUCCCUAUGGAAGGUUGGGAAUUGCACUAACAUUGUUUAUCCACCUUGUGAUGUGCAGACAUUUCUGGACAUUCCCUUACUGGACAAAAAGAAAACCCCAGGACAUUUACUGGUUUCCAUUGGCCAGUUCCGGCCUGAAAAGAACCAUCCUUUGCAAAUCAAAGCCUUUGCUAAAUUGCUGAAUAAGAAGGUGGCUGAGUCACUGCCUUCCCUUAAACUUGUCCUCAUUGGGGGUUGUCGAAAUGAAGAUGAUGAGCUGAGGGUAAACCAACUGAGAAGGCUUGCUGAGGAGCUAGGAAUUCAAGAAGAUGUGGAAUUUAAAAUAAACAUUCCAUUUGAUGAAUUGAAGAAUUACUUGUCUGAAGCAACAAUUGGUCUGCACACCAUGUGGAACGAGCAUUUUGGGAUUGGAGUGGUUGAGUGUAUGGCAGCUGGCACGAUUAUCCUUGCCCACAAUUCAGGAGGCCCGAAGCUUGACAUUGUCGUUCCUCACCAGGGAGAGAUAACUGGAUUUCUGGCAGAAAGCGAGGAAGGCUACGCUGAGACCAUGGCUCAUAUUCUUAACAUGUCUGAGGAAAAGAGACUUCAAAUCCGCAGCAAUGCUCGGGCAUCUGUAAGCAGAUUCUCUGAUCAGGAGUUUGAACUGGCGUUCCUGUCGUCUGUGGAGAACUUACUUAAAUAAUGCCAUAUCUGUACAAAUUAAAGAUAUUUUAUAUAAAACGGCUAAAUACCUUCAUACGUUAGUACUUUCCUGAACGUUUUCUGUAUUGUAAUGAAGUCAGCCUAAACAGUGCUCUCAGCAAUACAUAGAGAGACAGGAUAUUUAUUUCAAUGAAAAUGAAAAAAAAAGGCAAAAUUACCAAAUAGUUUAAAUGAAAAGAUUUUAGAUUAGUAUUCUGUCCCAGAUUCUGAAAAAUAUGGAUCUGAAAGAAAAAACGAACAGUUGUAAUGUUGGUAUAAUCCCUAUUUUUCAGAUCCUGUUUGUCCAAUCACUGUCCCUUAGAACCCAGGAAAGAGAAUUUCCCUUUAGAAUAUAGGAAAUGUGGAAAGGAAAAUGGAGAACUGACGAUUAGAUCAGUACUUUAGAACUGUCCUGACAUCUUGGGAACACAGAAAAAUUCUGGCAUAUUUAAAUUCUCAAUGCUACUGUGGAUGACCUUCUUGAAUAUAUCUGACGGUUUUCCUUAAAGAGAAAAGACAUUUGAAGCAGGCGUCAUCCAGUUCUAAAAGCAGACAGCGAAAAGACAGAGGGACAGUGACUGCCCUGCGGCCAUAAAGACAGACAGACAGUAACUGCCCGCAGGCGUUUGUCAGGGGCAGAGGCCCAAAGUCUUUCCAUGAGUAGCUUUUUGUUUAGUGCUCCCAGUACAUUUGUACUGAUGGAAAAGGCUACCCCGGUAUCCCGUCACAGUUCCACAUCUCGGGAGCUGCAAGUCUGCUUGAAGCUGUUCAGAAGGUCGGAGUGAGAACAUCGGGCCAAGUUGCUCUUCUCAUAGUGACAAUGGAUGAACGGGCUCCAUCCUCCCAGGUCUCUGUUGGCAGCAUCGUGCCUUGGGAGAUGAUUGGUGGCUUUCAGAAAAGCACUCCAGACUAGUGGUUAGAAUACCUGGGCCCGGCCCCAGCAUCUUCAUUUACAAACAUCGGACCUCCUAAGACUCAAGCUGCUUCUUAAAGCUUUUUGAAAUUCCAAUUCUUCACCUAUAAUCUGUAGGUGGUAAUACCUGUCCUCACUACCUCUCAGUAACUCUGAUUUGGAAAGUAUGUGAAAGGACCCUGAAAACCAGAACUAAGUUUUUUUUUUAAAGGUACCUUUAUAAAGUAAUUUCAUUAAAAGUAACAAUAUAUAGUAGAUGUCUCUUGUAAUCAGUCCUCCUUAUUAAUGCGUGAAGACUCAAGGGAGACUCAUGGUUACUGAGUCGGUAGCUAGGACUACUGUGCUGAAUCACUAGCAGUGAUUAAAAGUAUGUGGAUAUGCAGAUAGGGCUCAAGAGACCUACAACACUUGGUGUUUUCUGCAUACAUAAUUAGCUCCUUCUAGUUCAGUGAAUGGACCUCUUGCACAGUCUGAUACGUGUGUGUGUAAGGGGCCUGGGAAACUCCUCAUCCAGUCAGGGACGCCGCCAGCUUCAUCAUCUGCUCCCAGUUACACUGUUGACUCGUCUGUGGGCCACCUCUGUCAUCAGCUGGAAAAGCAGCAAAACAGAGUCCCAGGAUGGUGGGACACAACACAGCUUUGGGUGGAGAUGAUUCAGUUUAGAAGAAGAAAACGGGUGGACACUGGAGCUGGAAGGAACCCUACAAAUCCUCAGGUCCAGUUUCUCAUUUUCAGCUUUACAGACAAGAACACUUCAAAGACCUUAAGACUCCAGUCUCACAAAGCUGUUUAAGGACAAAAUCAGGAUUAUAAGUGGGUGCUCUGACUCCAGCCCAGUUCAUUUUCUUAUCUUGUAGCUAGUCUUGGGGCAAGAUUUGCGCCACUGUGCCCACAGUCUACCCUUCUACCCUCAGAAAACCAUAGGAUUAAAAAAUCGAAGUGGACUAAGCAGAAGGAAAGGAUGCAAUAUAGGAAAAAAGGAUUCUGAAAUUCCAUAGAGCAUUUUUAAUCUUGUUUCUUCAAAAUUAUUUUUGUCACACACAUCACUGGAAACAUACUUCGCAUAUCUGUUCACUUUCCCUAUUGCUAGUGUGGUUAUUAUGUGUCUUUUUUCCAGAAUGACUGAUAACCAUGAAGUGUCAGCUACUGUCUGUCUGGAGAACUUCUGAGUGACUGUUCAUCCCUAUAAAACAUGGUUUUUGAGUGGUCCAAACAUGGUAUAUUUCGAGCCCCCAGCAGUGGGGAUUCACAUUCUUAUUUGGGUUGUACAUAAUAAAAUACAUGUAACAUGUUC